CACCUUUUUUAGACAAGAGACUAUUCCCAGCUGUGACUCAGUCAACUACAAGCUGGACUCUCCUUUUCAAGCACUAACAAUACUUGAGCCUCUGGAUAAAACCGAAAGAGUCUGCGAGUGUUGUGCAUUGUGCACGAGGCAGGGGCCUGUACGACAGAAGGAUGGCAGGCCUGCGGCUCAGAACGCAAGCAGAUCCUGAAAUUGAGCUCUUUGUGAAGGCUGGGAGUGAUGGGGAGAGUAUUGGAAACUGUCCCUUUUGCCAACGCAUUUUCAUGGUCCUCUGGCUGAAAGGAGUUAAAUUCAAUGUGACCACUGUUGACAUGACCAGAAAGCCUGAAGAGCUGAAGGACUUAGCCCCAGGUACCAACCCUCCCUUCCUGGUGUUUAACAAGGAGUUGAAAACAGACUUCAUUAAAAUUGAGGAGUUUCUAGAACAGACAUUGGCCCCUCCAAGGUAUCCUCACCUGAGCCCCAAGUACAAGGAAUCUUUUGACGUGGGCUGUAACCUCUUUGCCAAGUUUUCUGCAUACAUUAAGAAUACACAAAAGGAAGCAAAUAAGAAUUUUGAAAAAUCUCUGCUCAGAGAAUUUAAGCGUCUGGAUGACUACUUAAACACCCCACUUCUGGAUGAAAUUGACCCAGACAGUGCUGAGGAACUCGUCGUUUCUAGAAGAUUGUUCUUGGAUGGAGAUCAACUGACAUUGGCUGACUGCAACUUGUUGCCCAAACUGAACAUUAUUAGAAUUGCUGCUAAAAAAUACCGUGGCUUUGACAUUCCAGCAGAAUACUCAGGCGUCUGGCGCUAUCUCCACAAUGCUUAUGCCCGUGAAGAAUUUACCCACACGUGUCCGGAAGCGAAAGAGAUCGAAAAUACUUACGCAAGUGUGUCUAAACAGAAGAGUUAGGGCUGCUCUUUCAGGGGGAAAUGUUCUCUCGCUUAUCAGAUUGCAUUUGUUAUCAUAUUAGAAAGGCUUUGGGCAACAAGAAUAUGGGAACUAUUUCUACCCUGCUCCUCUAUUCAACUCUCAUGAAAAAGAAUGAUUUACUAUCUGCAUCUGGUUAGCCAUACCUGUCCAUUGUACAUUUUACAGAUCUUCACAUUUUCUUCAGUCACAUAAUAUAACCACUACAGCCUUGAAUAACAUGGAAAGCAUCAAGAUGUUUUGCUUUGUUUGAACUUGUAAAAUGUAUUGCCUGUAAGCUUAGUAGAUAUCUGAAGUCACAAAUUACAUACCGUAUUUUUUGGAACUGAUGUGCCCAUACAUGUAAUGCACAAACAUGACAAAUUUAAGUAAACCAAUCCUGACAUAGUGUAUCCAUUCAUAUAAUGCCCAUAUCACAUGAGAGUUCCUGAAAUGAAUUUCAGCCUCUUUCACCUGUUCUCCUAUAUUACCAGUAAAUUUGAUCAUUCUGUUGAUGUUUUUUAAAAUCUUGUUUAUAUGUGCAAAGAUAAUGUUACUUUUGUAGAUCUCCAUGCAUUCAUACUAUCUGGUUUCACUGCUCCACUCACGUAAAUGAUGACGCUAGCUUAUUAUGAACUCAUAAAAGUUAAAAUUUGUGAAUCACCUUUGAUCUACUAGUAAGUACUUUGGCCUUAAAUUUCAGAUAAUAUGGAGAGGCUUCAAAAAGAUAGUGAAACAUUGUGUUUUCUUUAAAUUCCAUUGUUCCCAUAACCUCUUAAAAAGCCCUUCAUACAAACCCAGAAACACCACAAGUGGAUGGCUUGAACAACUAGACAUGUAUUCUCACACAGUCGAGGAGGCUAGAAGUCUGAAUUCAGAGCACGAGCUCAAGGCGAAGGCUUUCACCUGCGUUGUGGGCUCUGGGGGAAGUUCCUGGUCUCCUGCCAACAGCUGGGUGGACCUGGGGCUCCUAGGAGGUUCUCUGACAGCAUCCCGGAUUCCGAGGAUGGACUUUGCUCUUUCUCCUGCUUUCGUGGUUGCAAGCGAGCUCUUCUCCCCCUCCCUGCUUGCUUCUCUCUCCUUUUGCUCUCGUGAAAGCAAAGGACGUGUGACUAAGUGUGUGACUUAGUAAAGGUAUGACUGGAGGCACACCCUCUUGUAAGGUUGUGGCUCAAGAUACAUCCCCACACGGAUCCUGCUUUAUUAACGGGUAGAGGGUAGAGUUUACAAAAUGGAGGAUAACCGCACAAUACUGUGAGUCAUGAUCUAGCCACGCUUGCACCUAUAUUUUGAGGGGGGAGACAAUUUCAUGACAAAUACCCUAAGUGAAGUUUCCAUGUGCUCAGAAAUAGAAAUUAAGGUCACCAACAUGUAUAUUUUUAAUUGGCAUAGCAUACUUAUAAAAAUAAUAUAUGGGGGGGUAUGUGGUUGGGGGAAAAGGUAAUAUACAUAUUAAUUGCAUAAAAAUGUAGUAAGUGGAGUUACAAUUCCAACCGGUGCAUAGAAACAGCUACACUCAAAUUCUUAAAACAAGUCUACAGCUUUGUUAGGUUAAUAUGCUGCUGCUUCUACUGCGAAGUGCCCUUAGGUUAUUUCCAACAGACAGCGAUCCCAUAGACAACAGAAGGAAGCACUGCCCAGUCUUUACUGCAGCAUUCUCACAAUUGCUGUUGUUUGAGCCCGUCUUGCAAGCACAGUGUCAUUCCAUCUUGUGAAGGGUCUGCCUCCUUUCCGUUGACUUUCUACUUUAGCAAGCAUGCUGUCCUUCUCCGGGGCCUGGUCUCACCUAAUGACGUGUCCAAAGUUCC